CUCACCAGUGCCCUAUGCUGAAGCGGAACCUUGGCGGUCGGAAGCCAGGAGCCGAGCAGAAGGAGCUUCCUGCAUCCCAGUUCCAGAGGCGUUCUACACAACCCCAAUAGCUUAGGUCAAGGCGGAAAUGCACCUUGCCCCUUUUUCCCCGCUAGGUACUCUGGGAGCAUAGCCGGUUUAGGUGUUUCAUCAUGUGAGGAAUCUGAGGCUGCUCUUCGUUGACCAACCCUCACGGCUUUCCGUGAGGACUGGAGGCCAAGGAGGAGCUUCCAGGCUCUCAUCUGGCCCCUGCCAGCUCCUCCGCGCCCCUGGGCCCCGGGCACUGGCUCCUCAAAGUGGACGCCUCUGAGAGGGAAGAAGGUGAACGCAGGCUGGUGAGGGCUUCUGUGAAGUCAUCUGGAUAGACCAUCCACUGUCCAUAAACAACAUCCAUCAGUUUCUUCACUUCUUGUUCUUGGAAUUCUUUGUUACAUCACUGAAUAAUGGAUGAGUCUGAGAGAGAAAAAGAGAAGAGGGACGUAUCUAAUGUAUCUGAAAAUAAAAAGAAGGACCAGUACAGUUCCUUUUUCAGAGAACUGCAUGCCAUAAUUCAAGCUCAUGGAUAUCCUGUAAAAGGAGACAGAUAUAAAACAUCACAGCACACUACUGACCCUUCACAGAAGAAGGAAGGCAAAGUCAAUCCGGAAACCUCCAGAGACAUAUCUAAUUGGAUUCCAUCAUUUCAGAGCUAUGAAGACUUCAUGUGUAAGACACUACAAUCAUUAGAUGGCUUUAUGAUAAUACUGAGCCUAGAUGGAGUGAUAAUUUAUGUCGGUGGAAGCAUCACUUAUCUCCUUGGCCAUUUACCAGAUGAGAUUGUGGGUAAAAAAUUAUUAAGUCUUCUGCCUGAUCAUGAGAAAAGUGAAGUCCACCAAAAGAUUGCUCUCAAACUUCCUUCGUCAAGUUCAGUGGGAAAACAUACUGACUUUUGCUGUCAUAUAAAGAGAGGAAAUGAUAAACGUGGUAGUAACCCUACUUAUGAAUAUGUGAAAUUCAUUCUGACUUUAAAAGAUAUUUCAAAUGAGCCUUUGAUGCUCUUCAGUAGCUUGUUCCCCAGUCCCUCUUUUGCUGAAUCGUGUGGUACAUAUCUUCCUCUGGAGGAUCGGUUUUAUCUGGUCGGGUCCAUUUGUAUCCUCAGGACUCAGAUUCUACGGGACCUUUUCACUGUGGAGAAAGCUGGGGAAGAUAUUCAGCUGAUAAAUGACUCAGAUGAGGAACAUGUAUCUACAGAAUGCAGAAGUGUUCAAGGACAAAUAAGAAUUUCUAGAAUGGAAUCCCUGUAUGCUGAACCUGCUGCUCCUGCCUCAGAUGAUCAAGUUGAUCUUAUAACAGUCAAGCAGUAUGGACUGCAGGAAUCUGUUCAUGAAAGUGGGAUAGAGUCUGCUACAUGUUAUGAUUCCAGCAUAUCUUCCAUGGAAAGCAUACCUGAAUCGUCAGCUACAUCAUCUUUGCAGAGCUUUGAAUUCGAACCUGACGUGGAACAGGUGGAUGAUAUGGAUGAGGUGCAACAGGUGGACGAGGUGGAAAAGAUGGGUCAGAUUGAUGAGAUGGAAGAGGUGGAACAAGUAGACAAAGAAGAAGAGGUGGAGCAAGCGGAGGAGGUGGAGGAGGAGGACCAGCUAGACCAGGUGGAGCAGGAGGCCCUCUCAUCCUUCAGUGUGGCUGGUGGCAUCAGUGAUGAGCUAUUAGAACCACUACCGUCAGUUGCAUUGUACAUCAACAAACGGGAGCUGGGGCUGAUGAGGAAGUUUAGGGAGCAGCUGGAAGAAAAGACUCGGAUGCUGCAGGCUGAGAUCAGAAGCCUGCAUGACGCACUGGGAAUGAUGAAGGAGCAGCUUCGGAGAAUAGAGGAUACCGGCUUUCAGAUCAGAGGCCAGUUCCAUGUGCCGGCUACUGAAGUAGGAAGCAGGGAUCUCCAGAUUCAGAGGCUUUCCAGGACCAUGAUGAAUUAACACCAGGCCAAAUCAACUAUUUCAUGUCUGCAGAACAGUCCAGCUUGGAUGAACACCAGUGGGAUUUUCAUACUGAACCUUGAGAGAAGAGGGACAGACAGACCAAUGAGGCCUGCAUGGCCAAGGGAACUCCAAGCAUUACAGAAUCCCCUGGAGUAGGGGUUGAAGAAUGGGGUGGGUACUUUCUUUUCUUUCUUGAUAAGUUCUGUUUGGGAUUGUUGAGCACAACCUGUUUCUUGGAAGUUGUGUUUCAGUGGCAGCCUGUGAUCCCUAGUGUGCUAAUAUGUGACAGUAGCCAGGCCACAGCAGGAGACCACUGUCCCCACCUACCCUGCUUGACCUUUCACACACCUAUUCUACCAUGGGCAGGCAUGUUGCAGAGGCUGCAAGUUAGAAUACCUUUUUUUCUGCCAAGAAACAUUUUCCAGCAUGGUUUUCAAUCUAGUAAGAAGCUGUUCUGUCUUAAGCCACAAGCCAAAGCCUUGGCCUUGAUGACCAGGCCCUGCAUCUCCUCCACUGUCAUGUUUGGGAAACCCAAGGGAAUGGCAUUCCAACUGUGGGAAGCUGAAAUCAGAUUAACACAGGCGCUUUGUGCUGAAAUAAUCACAGUUCCAAUGCUUAAUAAAAAUUGUCUUUCGUUGCAA